UAACUAAAUUGUUUUAUAUGAAAUAUAUAUUUUGAUAUUAUUAUAUUGAGGUUUAGGUUUUGGUUCUGAGACAGAGUCCAUUACGGAAUCCUAAAAAGCAUAAAAAGGCGCGGUCAACAACAGUAAAUUCAGUGCGGUACAGACUAUUUCAGGUACAACAUUUGAAUACGCGGUUACUUCAUCGAAAUAAGUGACCACUGAAACCCUGACGUUAAGACACUUUUCGAUAUCAGUCUUAGUCCUGGUUGGAUUUCUCUUGGUAGACUGGACGGUAUUGUAAGAGAUGAGGCUGACACUGCUCAUAAUCUUUACGCUACAAUGCUCACCGCAAAGGAACUGAUACACUACGUUGACUUUGAGCAUCCAAACAUCACGUACAUAAAUCCUAAAUACGUGGAGUACUUCAAAAUUACUGCCCUGAGAUACAGCCGUCGAGACCCCAUCCACUACGUAAACUUUCGUUCAAAAAUCUUAACUGCCUUUGGGAACGACAUUGCAUUAACCUUUAAUAUCUACGAGUUCCUGAGCAACGAGUAUCGCCCCAGCAUGGUAGUAAUGCGCUUCAGGCUUUGCGAUUUUUUUUCAGACCAUAAAUAUGACGCAUUUAAGCCUUUCUACAUGAAAUAUUUUAACGCCUCGUCUUGCCCUUUUCCAAAGGGCGAGUAUAGUGUCGCCAACGUCUCCAUUCCGAACUUGCGGCUCCUCUCGACGUUCCCUUUGCAGAAGGGCCGCAUGUUCGUCAGUUACGUACGUGGCGACGAGCGAGUGUUAGAAUUCUACCUUGAUGUGCUGAUCAAACACAGGUUCCUAUGAAUUACUAAGUAUAUGUAUUGACAAGUCGGAUUAAAGAUAGUAAAAACCC